AUGGUCAACGUCUUCCAGCGCCUGACAAGGCGAACUACCAGUUCCGGCAGUGCUGCACCUGACGCAAACCCCAAUAGCAAAAAUGCUCCAUCACGCUCUCAUGAUCUCCAUCGGACUGUUAGUGCGAGCUCUGGCAAGCGCAACCGCUGGUCAACAGCAGAGGAGCCCUCCCCAAGACAUCUGAUCUUGAUUUCAGAUAAUGCGAUUUUUGACCCGCAUAUCAUUCAAAGAUUUCAGGCCGAAGGCUUCGAUGUCACAUACCUUGGUUUUGUCUGCACUGAAGAUGCUGAGAAAGAUAGAAAAUCUCUGGAGAAUGCCGUGCAUGAGAAGGAAGACGAGUUAGAGGCAGGCGAGCGGUAUGCUAUUGUUGCAUAUAAUCGACCAGCUUAUUAUCUCCUCGGAUCGCACCAUUUAACUACCAGCAACACCAAUCCAUUCCCACGACUUUGUGCCUUGAUAGCCUACUACCCACUCAUAUCCACCGAUGAGCUUGCCAAGAUUACCUCCCACAAUCAAGAAUGCUGUGCGCCGGCCUGCUGCGAUACCACCUCCAUCUUCAAUCCAAGUACCUCCGCCACUUAUCUCCCAAUCCAAAUCCAUUUGACCGGUCAUGAACCCAGCUCCCGCACAUUCUGGCCCUGGAUUAGCAUAAAUCCGCUGGAAGGAGACGUGACCUACAAGAAGCGGCAUCGAUGCCACGUCUUCACCUACCCGAAUGCUCAUGCGGGAUUUGCAGAGCGAAAACCGUCAAACUACAGUAUCAAAGACACUAGCCCGACUGACGGAGAUCGUAUUAGUUCGCAGUUGGCCUGGAGUCGCGCACAGGGAUGUUUACGGCGCGCAUUUGGCGUCGGUAGCAAUUGGCCUAUAAGAGACAUUGAAACCGUCUGGGAAGAAUACUGGCAUCGCUUGCUUGCAGAUCUAAAUGGCCAGGCGGAGGUUGCUGGAUCAGCUAUUGAGAUUAUGCUGAGGCGCGGGCAUGACGAUGUUUGCCUUGCGAAAGGAGAAGGACACGAUGAGCAACACGCAACCUUAGAAUGUGUCCCAACAAAAGCAGGGGGCUCCAAUGAGCACGAUCUUCGAUCGUUCUUCCAAGAUAAUUUCAUCCCUACAGGGCCGCCGAGCCAAGUUAUUCGGCUUCUGUCACGGACGGUUGGCACAGAUCGUAUUGUUGAUGAAAUCCUGUUUUCAUUCUGCCACACAACAGAAGUGCCGUGGCUACUACCAGGUGUUUCGCCUACAAAGAGGGAUAUCGAAGUUGUGAUCGUUGUGGUAGCUAGUUUCUUUGCCGAUCGCAUUGUCCACCAGAGUUUGUACUGGGAUCAGGCAAGUGUGCUUAUUCAGGCUGGAUUACUUGAUCCUGAGCUCGUACCCAAAAUGAAAGCCGAAGCCAAG